GUCAACAUCGUGGUCAAUCGAGUUAUUUCAAUUUAUAUAUACGCCAACGAUAAAACUAAAACUAGUUGAAUUCGUCGAUUUGUAACAGUCGGACACGGACACACUUAAAAAAAAACUUACAGUUGUGACUGUGAGAGCGUGAGGACUGAAGAGAUAGACUGACUGUACUGCGAGUACUCGUGAGGUGUUCUAUGAAAAACGCGAUGAUCACACCGCGCUAAAAUUAUGUCAUUUCAUUCAUAAAAAAUUUUUAUAAUUUUAGUUUUUAAACAAAAAUAUGUUGUGAUAUUUAAUUAAUUAAAAAAAAAUUAUUAUUAUUUAUUAAAAAAAAAUUUUUUUUUUUUUAAACUGUGACAAAAAAAAAUAUUAUGGCAUUCCAGUUGCCUCUAACCCCUCCAUGUCCACGGCGUUUCGUGGGUGGUUUUGAUAAUAUUACACAAAAAAUGAUUGAUGCCGCUGCCGAACAAUUGGAAAUUGGUUCAUCAUGUAUGAAAACUAAUUUUCUAGCACCAGUGAAAACUGAUCAAGAUAUCUUAGAAAAUUCAAUGCUUGAGGAUGAUCCAAAUGCAAAUUGUGCGAUUACACAUGAGGAGAAAACACGACCGAGAUGGGGUCCACAACAUAAGGGGGCACAAGAGCUUGCGAAUUUAUAUAGCAAGGGUAAACGAACUCAGGAAUCAAUUUGUGUUGGUAUAUGCAUCACAUUAAUGGCUGUGAAUUUUUUUUUUAUAAUACUACAUUUACGUUUCGAAAAUUUAAGCACAAUAAUUAUGGCAGCAUUAUUCGGUAUAAUUACUGCUGAUUUUAGUUCAGGGCUUGUACAUUGGGGUGCUGAUACAUGGGGCUCAGUCGAUUUACCAAUUAUAGGAAAGAAUUUUUUACGACCAUUUCGUGAACAUCAUAUCGAUCCAACAUCCAUAACUCGUCACGAUUUUAUCGAAACAAAUGGUGAUAAUUUUUCGGUAACGAUACCUGUUUUAGCAUUAUUAGCAUGGAAUUUUAUAUCAUCACCAGAAGAAGAUUUACAAAAGAAAUUUCCAUGGACAUGCUAUUUAUUUUUAUUAUCAUUAUUUAUAGCGUUAACUAAUCAGAUUCAUAAAUGGUCUCACACAUAUUUCGGAUUACCACGAUGGGUAAUGUUUUUACAAGAUCAUCAUGUAAUUCUUCCACGUCGACAUCAUCGAAUACAUCAUGUAGCACCACAUGAAACAUAUUUUUGUAUAACAACAGGAUGGUUAAAUUGGCCUUUAGAAAAAAUACAAUUUUGGCAAAUACUAGAAUAUAUGAUUGAAGUAAUUACAGGUUAUAAACCACGUGCCGAUGAUAUGAAAUGGGCACAAAAACGCACGUGAUCGAUUGUUUUAAUUUAUUUAUAUGAAAAACAAAUUAUUACUUAUUAUA